AUGGCGGAUACCGCUAAUGUCCCUAACGUAGAAGAUAAACAAUUUAUUUCUCUGGCACUGCGGGAAGAGGCACAACAGAGAAAGGCCGCAAUUGCGGAUCCUUUCCUGCCGGCCUAUGUUUCACCAACAGUAGAUACCACACGGAUGGAAACACAUGGUCUUCGGAAUGACCCUCCCCUACUUCCGAUACCAAUUCUGGCCAGCGAUGGUGACGUGAAAGCAAAAUUUAGAAAUCUGCGGGAACAUCUAAAAACAAUGCCCUUCUUCAUAAUCGACCCAAAGGGUAAGUAA